UUUCCAAGCAACUCCAUCACCUCUCUUAUAUAUAACCCCACCAACACUCUCCAAUCUUCAUCUAUCUUCAAGAACACACAGAAAAAAAAAAGAAAAACCAGAGAAGAAAAGCUUUCUUCCCCAUCUUUUGUUCUCCAUUUCCGUAGCUUUUGCAUGGCAGUGAGAUUAUUGUCACAUGAGUUAUCUGACCUCUGUCUUGGCAAGCCAGCGCUGAGGUCACUGUCUAUAACAUCCACCAUUGCUGAUGCAGUUGAGGUCUUGAAAACCUCUGAUGAAAACUUUGUAAGUGUCUGGAGUUGUAACCAUAAGGCUAAAACUGCUUCAGGGUUUGAAUCAGCUGCUAGGUUUUCUGAUGAUGAUGAUGAUGAUGAGUGUAGAUGUGUAGGCAAAGUUUGCAUGGUGGAUGUGAUUUGCUAUCUCUGCAAAGAUGAAAAUUUGGUGUCACCUUCUGUGGCCCUGAAGGAGCCUGUUUCCGUGCUCUUACCUAAGAUUCCUGACCUUGUUAUGCAUGUGGAGCCAUCUUGCAGCUUGUUAGAAGCAGUUGAUCUUAUACUUCAAGGAGCUCAAAACCUAGUGGUACCAAUCAAAACCAAGCUCAGCAACAAGAGAAAACAGCAGCAGAAGCCUUCACCAACCGUCACUAUACACAAAGGCCGUGAAUUUUGCUGGCUAACUCAAGAAGACGUGAUCAGAUUCCUUCUGAGCUCCAUCGGCCUCUUUUCACCAAUCCCUGCCUUCUCCAUUGACAGUCUUGGCAUCAUCAACCCCGACAUCCUCACCAUUGAGUACCACUCCCCUGCCUCGGCAGCCACGGGAGCCAUUUCUCGUGCUCUGGUGGACCAAACUUCUGUGGCUGUGGUUGACAGUGAGGGAACUUUGAUCGGAGAGAUUUCUCCCUUCACCUUGGCCUGCUGCGACGAGACAGUCGCAGCAGCCCUUAAGACCUUGUCCUCUGGGGACCUAAUGGCCUACAUUGACUGUGGAGGUCCCCCAGAGGACCUGGUCCGGGUCGUGACUGCGAGGUUGAAGGAGAGAAACUUGAAUGGAAUGCUGGAACAUUUCACAAUGUCUAUGUCUUCUGGUGGAUUCUCAUCUGCAUCUUCAUCAUCUGAUGAGGAGUCCAUGACAGCUCCAGUGUCACCAUUGCCGCGGUCAGGAAGGCACAGUAGAUCAAUGAGUUAUUCGGCCAGGAUGGUGAGAAGAGCUGAGGCAAUUGUUUGCCAUCCCAAGAGUUCACUAGUGGCAGUAAUGAUCCAAGCUAUUGCUCACAGGGUGAAUUAUGUCUGGGUUAUAGAGGAUGAUUGUAGCUUGGUUGGAAUUGUCACAUUUUCUGACAUUUUAAAAGUUUUCAGGGAACAUUUGGACACCAUGGCCUGACAAGAUGAGAAGCUUUUUUUUUUUUAAAGUUUUGCUAUUAUCUGCUAGGCUUUUGUUGAGGCUAAUAAUGCUGCUGAGGCUGGUAGAAGAAGAAUAAAAUUUAGGAAAGUUGUGUGAAUAUGGACCAUUUUUUUGUUUCUUUAUUUAAUUUUGUCAUGUGGGAUGAGGAGUUUGCUAUCUGAUUGUAUUAUUUGCAAGUGUUCUUUAUAUUUUUUUUCUCUUGUUUUCUAAGCUUAUGUUAUCUUUUCUUUUAACUUAAGAUUAUCAAAGAAGUAAAGAAAAGAAUGCAAAAGUUCUUCCCUUUUUAUUUCA